AUCUAAAUUUUUGUAUCUAGAACAUCUGUGAACAAGGAAAAUGGCCGACGAAAAUCUGGAAACUGUGGAAAAAAGAAUUUCCUUACUUGAAAAUCUUGUGUUUGGGACUUCUGAAAAAGAUGCUCUCUAUCCAAAAGACUCCAAAUCUAAAGACCAGUGUAUACACAGUCUACUGAAUGCCAAUGCCGAAGUUAAGAAAGCAACAGUAGGAAAGAAGGCUAUUCCUAAAGUCUACAACAGAUUGACAGAACUGAGGAAGUAUUUAGAUCCAGGUUACACAGAUGAAAUGACCUUGUCAGAUGAAGCUGUUACAGAUAUUAUAUUAGCUGAGGAAGAUUUUCUGAAUCAGCAAGCAAAUAGAUUGGAACAAAUGGAAGGAUUAAAAGAAAUUUUAGACAGUGCUCAUAUAAAGGGCAUGCCUUCACAUUCAUCAAAACUGCAAGAACUGAGUAAAAUCCAGGUUGACCAACAGGAUAAGACCGGACUAUUUACAGAUGAUGUGAGAGGUCUGCUAGAGAAUUAUAAUACUAUUGUAUCAUUAGUUUCCAAACAACUUAUACAAUGGGACCAAAUGGUUACUAAAGUAGAAAAGGCCAAACAGAAAUCAUAGGAUGACUGAAUCUCACAGAUACAUUUAAUAGUGCAAUAUUUAUUAAUUUAUCAUGUAUAUUUUGACAUUUUUGUGGAACAGGAAUAAUUGGGUUGUAAAUGUGCUAACAAUAAAGGAUUAAAGCUA